UUUGAUCGACCUGUUACCAAGGAGCUUUGGCUGGAGUCACAGAUCGCUUCGACUGCUUGAGAGAAAUGGCUGAGGCCAGUGUCGGUAACAGGGAUAUUUUGGAGUGUCCUAUUUGUUUGGGUCUUCUGAAUGAUCCGGUGACUCUUACCUGUGGACACAGCUACUGUUUGCGCUGUAUUGAGGACUGCUGGGAUAAGGGGGACCGAAAGGGCGUUUACAGCUGCCCUGAGUGCCGGCAGACUUUUGCUCAACGACCCGUUUUAAACAAGAAUAUUAUACUUGCUGAGCUUGCGGAUCAAAAGAAGAGCAGAAUACAAACUGUAGCUCCUGUUGAAUGUGCUGCUGGACCUGGAGAUGUUGCGUGUGACAUCUGUACCGGCAGAAAACUCAAAGCUGUCAUGUCCUGUCUGGAGUGUUUCAUGUCGUACUGUGGCAUCCAUCUGAAAACUCAUGAUGAACUUUUUGGUAGAAAACACACAUUGGUCGAUGCCACAGGCCAGCUACAAGAAAGGAUCUGCCAUAGUCACAAAAAAGUUCUUGAAAUAUUCUGUCGCACCGACCAGAGUUGUAUCUGCUAUCUGUGUAUGGUGGAGGAUCAUAAAGGCCACGACACAACCACAGCUAAGGCAGAGUGGAGUCAUAAAAAGGAGGGGUUGGGGCAGAGCCAGAGGAGAUGCCAGCAGAUAAUCCAGUUGAAGGAGAAGGAGCUGCAGGAGCUGAGGAAGGCUGUGGAGACUCUCAAGUCUGGUGCACAGACAGCAGUGGAGGAGAGUGAGAGGAUGUUUGCUGAGAUGAUCCGCUCCAUUGAGAGAAGGUGCUCUGAGGUGACAGAGCUGAUCAGAGCUCAGGAGAAGUCUGAGGUGAGUCGGACUGAAGGACUCCUGAAGCGACUGGAGCAGGAGAUUGCUGAGCUGAAGAGGACAGAUGCUGAGAUGAAGCAGCUUUCACAGACACAGGAUCCCAUCCAUUUCCUCCAGAACGUGGUGUCCAUCACUGGGAGGCCUUACAGCACAAUUUCAACCAGCGUGACCCAUAGCAAGAGCUUUUCCUUGGAGCCCCUGAAGGAAUCUGUGUCUGCACUGAAGACGCAACUGGAGGAGACGCUAGAGUCAGUCUUCAAGCAGGAAAUAGCCAAGAUAUCUGCAGCAGCUGUGAAAAAUAUGCAGAUCAUCGAUAGCAUACAGUAUUCCUGUCACUUCACUCUGGAUCCAAACACAGCACACACAGCCCUCCAUCUGUCUGAGGGGAACAGGAGGGUGGAGAAGAGACCUGGGGUCCAGUCAUAUCCUGAUCAUCCAGACAGAUUUGAUGAGUGGUGGCAGGUGCUGUGUAGAGAGGGUGUGUCUGCACGCUGCUACUGGGAGGUUGAGUGGAGCGGUGGGGGGGUUGGUAUAGCAGUGUCAUAUAAAAGAAUCAGCAGGAAAGGACGGGGUACUGAGUGUAAGUUUGGAGCUAAUGAUCAGUCCUGGAUGCUGCUCCUCUACCCCUCCAGCUCCUACUUCCAUCACAAUGCUGAGCAGACUAAACUCCCUCUAGUGGCCAGCUCCAGAAUAGGAGUGUAUGUGGAUCACAGGGCAGGAACUCUGGCCUUCUACAGCAUAAGGGGAGACACAAUGACCCUCCUGCACAGAGUCCACACCACAUUCACACACCAUCUCUACCCAGGAUUUAGAUUUUUUGACUCAUUAUUUUCAUCAUCAGUCAAGUUGUUGUGA